GAUUUCCUCCUCCCCUCUCUACCCUCCUCUCCCUCUCCGCCGCCGCCGCCGCCUCCACCCCCUCCGCUCCCUCCCCUCCGCGCCACCGAUCGGGUCCGCGGCCGCGCUUCCCCACCGCCCUCCCGCCGCGGGGUGCUGAAGACUCCAGCUCCGGUCCCGCCCGUACGCCUCGGGGUCGUCUCCGCGCGCCCAGCGACGUAAAGUGCCCAGAGUCAAUAUGUCACUCGACGUUACUCAAGUUCUCUUAAGUGCGCAAUCUGCUGAUGGCGCCAUCAGGAAGCAUGCUGAAGAAAGCCUCAAGCAGUUCCAGGAGCAAAACCUUCCAGGAUUCUUGCUCUCCCUCUCAAGUGAGUUGGCCAAUGAAGAGAAGCCUGAGGAGAGCCGUAGGUUGGCUGGGUUGAUUCUUAAGAAUGCACUGGAUGCAAAGGAGCAACACAGGAAGAAUGAGCUUUUCCAGAGAUGGCUGGCACUGGAUGCUGGUGCCAAGGCGCAAAUUAAAGGAUUGCUGCUGCAAACUCUCACAUCUCCUGUUGCAAGUGCCAGAUCUACUGCUUCUCAAGUUAUCGCCAAGGUUGCUGGUAUUGAGAUUCCGCAGAAGCAAUGGCCUGAGCUUAUUGCAUCAUUGCUCUCAAACAUACAUCAGGUCCAGCCAAACGUCAAGCAGGCAACGCUUGAGACACUUGGCUAUUUAUGUGAGGAAGUUUCUCCAGAUGCUGUUGACCAAGACCAAGUCAAUAAAAUACUUACAGCUGUUGUUCAGGGUAUGAAUGCUUCUGAGGCAAACUCUGAUGUGAGGCUUGCAGCUACACGGGCAUUGUAUAAUGCAUUGGGCUUUGCUCAGGUUAACUUCUCGAACGACAUGGAGCGUGACUACAUCAUGAGAGUUGUUUGUGAAGCAACACAGUCUCCAGAGGUCAAGAUAAGGCAGGCUGCCUUUGAGUGUUUGGUGGCUAUCUCAUCUACUUACUAUGAUAAGCUGGCCGCCUAUAUGCAGGACAUAUUUAAUAUCACUGCAAAGGCUGUGAGGGGAGAUGAGGAGUCAGUUGCACUUCAGGCUAUUGAGUUCUGGAGUUCCAUAUGUGAUGAGGAAAUUGACAUUCUGGAUGAGUACAGUAGUGAAUUCACAGCUGAUUCUGAUGUUCCUUGCUUCUAUUUUAUCAAGCAGGCUCUUCCUGCAUUAGUGCCAAUGUUGUUGGAGACUCUUCUGAAGCAGGAGGAAGACCAAGAUUUGGAUGAAGGUGCUUGGAAUCUUGCAAUGGCUGGGGGAACUUGUUUGGGCCUGGUGGCAAGGACUGUUGGGGAUGAUAUUGUUCCUCUAGUGAUGCCUUUUGUGGAGGAGAACAUAACCAAGUCUGAAUGGAGGCAAAGAGAGGCAGCAACAUAUGCUUUUGGAUCUAUCUUGGAGGGCCCAUCAGCUGAUAAACUGGCUCCUCUUGUAAAUAUUGCAUUGAACUUUAUGCUGUCUGCAUUGAUGAAGGACCCAAGUAACCAUGUAAAGGACACAACUGCUUGGACUCUUGGAAGAAUCUUUGAGUUUCUUCAUGGUUCAGCGCUUGAAACUGCUCCUAUCAUUACAGCUGAGAACUGUCAGCAAAUACUUACGGUGCUGCUUCACAGCAUGAAGGAUGUCCCUAAUGUGGCUGAGAAGGCAUGUGGAGCCCUAUAUUUCCUUGCUCAAGGCUAUGUUGAUGCUGGAUCUGCAUCACCAUUAUCCCCUUUCUUUCAAGAUAUUGUUCAGAACCUUCUUAUGGUUACUCACAGGGAGGAUGCUGGAGAGUCCAGGCUGCGCACAGCAGCAUAUGAGACUCUAAAUGAAGUUGUCAGGUGCUCCACUGAAGAGACAGCACCUAUUGUUAUGCAGUUGGUACCUGUCAUCAUGAUGGAACUCCAUCAGACUCUUGAAGCCGAAAAAUUGUCAACUGAUGAGAGGGAGAAGAGGAGUGAACUGCAGGGCCUCCUUUGUGGCUGCUUGCAGGUCAUUAUCCAAAAGUUGGGAGGGAUGGAGUCAACGAAGUACUCUUUCUUGCAGUAUGCAGAUCAGAUGAUGGAUCUGUUUUUGAGAGUUUUUGCUUGUAGGAACGCCACAGUUCAUGAGGAGGCUAUGCUUGCUAUUGGUGCAUUGGCAUAUGCAGCUGGUCCAAACUUUGCAAAGUACAUGACACAGUUUUAUCAGUAUUUGGAGAUGGGACUUCAAAACUUUGAGGAAUACCAGGUCUGUGCCAUUACCGUGGGUGUUGUGGGUGACUUGUGCAGGGCACUCGAAGACAAAAUUUUGCCCUUCUGUGAUGGCAUCAUGACCCAGCUUUUGAAGGACCUAUCAAGUAACCAGUUGCACAGAUCUGUAAAACCACCGAUAUUUUCGUGCUUUGGUGAUAUUGCACUGGCAAUUGGGGAGAACUUUGAGAAGUAUCUGAUCUAUGCCAUGCCUAUGCUGCAAAGUGCCGCUGAUCUGUCAGCACAUACCACUGCGACUGAUGACGAAAUGCUCGACUACACCAACCAGCUAAGGAAUGGCAUCUUGGAAGCGUACUCUGGUAUUCUUCAGGGAUUCAAGAGUUCACCUAAGACACAACUACUGAUGCCAUAUGCCCCACAUAUUCUCCAGUUCCUUGAUGCUCUGUACAAUGGCAAGGAUAUGGAUGACACUGUGAUGAAGACUGCAAUUGGUGUCUUGGGAGAUCUAGCAGACACUUUGGGCGUCCAUGCUGGCCCUUUGAUCAAUCAAUCUGCGUCGAGCAAGGCAUUUUUGGAGGAAUGCUUGGCGUCAGAUGAUCCUUUGGUGAAAGAAUCAGCUGAUUGGGCAAGUAUAGCAAUCACCCGUGCAGUUUCAGGUUGAUGUCACAAGGAGUCUCGAGUCUGCACUUGCAUCCAUCCACAUGUCAUCAUGUCUGGGUCGUCGAUUGCAUCAUGUCCAGACCUGCUCUUUGGAGAAGUCCAACAUCCUUACAGCAGAGUCGGAGGGUCCUCACUAACUCAUGCAUCAGUACAUGCGUCAGCCCAUCCUUUCCGCCCCCGCGAGAAAAGAGGGUUCAAGUUGGCUGCCUGCUAACUUUGGCAAAGGGCAUCUGCGGCCUCCAUUUCUUAUUGGAGGUGAGAUGAGCUUCUAUCGUCGCCAGACAUGCUGACAGUUUCCUCAGCAUGGCGCGCCUAUGGUCUGUGGCCUAUAAUUUUCCCCUGCAUUCAUUUCAUGCAUCGAACUCUGGUCGGAUGGUCACUUGGGACAAAAGGCCCAGUUGCUUGCUGCUGAUCCAGUAAUCAGCAGCGGGCAGGAACGCAUUGUCACAGGAUUAUUUUGUAUUAAUCAGGGCGGUCAAGUCCAUUAUGUCAAGACAUACCCUCCCUGCUGGUUGCUAGUAGCUUGUUUUUCUCUCUUGUAGCAUUCUUUUCCCUUUGUCCACUUGCAUUGUCUUGCAUUUCACUAUUUGUCUGUUUUGUAAGAGUUCUUUUUUUUUCUGGGCAAAACUUGUGUCCUGUCCAGUCUGGUACUGCACGCUGUUUGUACAAGUCUAGCUCCUGCGUGCAUGUCAGUUUAUUUCCAGGUGUCAUUGGAGCAGCGGGCAUUUCUGCUUUUCAGUUUUGUUUUUGGUAAUCUAUACAUGCUGCUCCAUUCGGGUUUCUCUGAAGCCGGGCUGGUGAAGAAACAUAGAGUUAUACUAGGUCUGUGGAGUGGUUUUUGCAGGGGGCAGGGGCGAGUUGGUCGGGGUUUGAUUUGUGAACUGUACUAUGAUGGUGUGGGGCUUCUGCCUCCUGCUACCAAACAUGUCACAUAAUUUGUUGAGCAUAUGAGAAUAUCAUGAUGGAAUGUGAUA